ACUUUAAUAAAAAAUCAUAACAAACAUUCGUGUGAUUCGCGUCCUCAAUUAUUUUGCAAUUUUCUCCAAUUUCCCAGGGGAAUUUUAAGAAUUUUCUUGUACAAAGUAGUCAAGAAAGUUCGUGAAUAGUGGGCGAAAGUGAAAUUGUGUGAAAAAUCAUUUUUCUUCUUGGGGAAAAAUGUUCUCAACAAUUUGUAAACAAACCCACCCGGCUACGGGAAUUGAAUUUUCCAUUUCCUGUCAUUUCUUCAGUAAUUCCGAAAGGAAUCUCGUCACAGCGGGUGCCAAUGUGCUCAAGGUGUUCCGUAUUGUACCGGAUGUUGAAGUUAAUCCCAAGGAAAAGUACACAGAUGCUCGUCCACCAAAGAUGCGAUUGGAGUGUGUGGCUGUUUAUACACUCUUUGGGAAUGUCAUGAGCCUGCAGUCAGUCUCCUUGGCUGGAUCACAGCGAGAUGCUCUUCUUGUGAGCUUCAAAGAUGCCAAAUUGUCCGUUGUUCAGUUUGAUCCGGAUAACUUUGAUUUGAAAACCCUUUCGCUGCACUACUUUGAGGAGGAGGAGAUCCGUGGGGGCUGGACGGGGAACUACCACGUCCCAAUUGUGCGAGUUGAUCCGGACAAUCGAUGUGCCGUGAUGUUGGUGUACGGCAGGAAGCUUGUUGUGCUGCCCUUCCGGAAAGACAGCACCCUCGAUGAGAUUGAGCUGCAGGAUGUGAAGCCAAUGAAGAAGCUUCCAAUUCAGCUCAUUGCCCGUACGCCCAUCCUUGCAUCCUACAUCAUUACGCUGAAAGAUUUGGACGAGAAGGUGGAUAAUAUCAUUGAUAUUCAGUUCCUGCAUGGCUACUAUGAGCCCACAUUGCUCAUCCUCUAUGAGCCAGUGAGGACCUUCCCGGGGAGAAUUGCUGUGCGAUCUGACACAUGUACAAUGGUGGCUAUCUCGUUGAAUAUCCAGCAGAGGGUUCAUCCGGUAAUCUGGAGCUUCUCGGGGCUUCCCUUUGAUUGCUGCCAAGUUGUUCCGGUAAACAAACCCAUCGGUGGAUGCCUCGUAGCGUCCGUAAAUGCCAUCAUCUAUCUCAAUCAGAGUGUCCCACCGUAUGGAGUGAGUGUCAACAGUAUUGCCGACCACAGCACGCAAUUCCCACUAAAACCACAGGAUGGUGUCAAAAUAACCUUGGACACCGCUCAAAUGACCUUCAUUGACAACGACAAGCUGGUGAUGUCCCUGAAGAAUGGUGAACUGUACGUCCUGACCCUCUGCGCGGACUCCAUGCGAAGUGUUCGGAGUUUUCACUUCAGCAAGGCUGCUUCGAGUGUCCUCACAAGCUGCAUUUGUGUGUGUGAGGAAGAAUUUCUCUUUCUCGGCUCUCGCCUCGGGAAUUCCCUCCUUUUGCGCCUCAGUGAGAAGGAUCAGAGUACAGUGAUUACAAUUGAGGAUACCGAGAAGGAGGUAGAGCAGGAGGAGGUGAUGACGAAGCAACGACGUCUCGAAGAGGAGGAACUCGAAGUGUACGGAUCGGGCCCUAAAACUUCCGUCCAAUUGACCAAUUUUACCUUCGAAGUGUGCGACAGUGUGCUCAAUAUCGGCCCUAUUGGGCAUAUGUGCGUUGGUCAGAGGGCCAAGGAGGAGGAUCACGAUGAAGACAGUGAGCAGGAUGAUCGUGCAACACAGUUGGACCUGGAAAUUGUCACAUCGAGCGGGCAUGGGAAAAAUGGGGCCCUCUGUGUGCUCCAGAACUCCAUUAAGCCUCAAAUAAUCACGAGUUUCGGGCUUUCGGGAUGCACGGAUGUGUGGACAGUGGCUGAUGAUGCGGGAAAGAGAGUGGAGAAGCCCGAAGAUUCCACGCAUGCUUUUAUGAUUCUUUCCCAGGAAACGGGAACAAUGAUCCUGCAGACGGGUGAUGAGAUCAAUGAGAUUGAAAAGACGGGAUUCUGCAACAAUCUCCCGACGGUUUUUGUGGGGAAUGUCGGUACAAAUCGCUACAUUGUCCAGGUGACAACGAAGAGUAUUCGGUUGCUGCAGGGAACGAGGCUUCUGCAGAAUAUUCCCUUUGACAAGGAAGCUCCCCUCGUGGCGGCAUCCAUUGCUGAUCCGUAUGUGUGUGUCCUGUCGCAGAAGGGUGUUGUUCUCACGCUGGCUCUCAGGGAGGCCAAGGGAGCCCCCAGGUUGGCUGUGAACAAGAACACAGUGAGCCCACAACCAGCUGUGACUGCCCUGUGCGCCUACAGAGACACAUCCGGGAUGUUUACGUCGAAGUUUGAGGAUUUCGUGGAGAAGGGACAAGGAGGGCUUCCCUAUGGCGGGGGGUUUGGCUACAUGAAGCCCGAACCGCACAUGAAGGUGGAAGAUGAGGAGGAUCUCCUAUAUGGGGAUGCAGGGAAUAGCUUCAAAGUCACCAGUAUGGCCGAAAUGGCGGUUGGAAGCAAAGCAACUGGAAAUGAAUGGUGGAGGAAGUACAUGCAGACAUCAAAGCCAACUUAUUGGCUGUUUGUGGCACGAGCCAAUGGGAAUUUGGAAAUCUACUCAAUGCCUGACUUGAAGCUAACUUACUUGAUAAGUAAUGUGGCCAAUGGGAAUAAGGUGCUGACGGAUUCAAUGGAAUUCGUGCCACUCUUCACAAAUCCCGACGAUGCGGCAAAGAGUGAUGUGAUCAUUUCAGGUCCGAAUAGCCCUUCGGUGGCCCAGGAAAUCCUAAUGGUUGGUCUUGGAUGCCAUGGGAAUCGCCCAUUACUCUUCAUUCGCACCGAGAUUGAUGUUCACGUCUACCGGGUAUUCCGGUAUCCACGUGGACACCUCAAAAUUCGCUUCCGGAAGAUGCUGCAUGAAAUGAUGUAUCAGAAGAUUGUGCCCGAAGGUGAGCGCUUUGUGAGCCAAUUGCGGUACUUUGGGAAUAUUUUUGGCUACAACGGGGUGACUAUUUGCGGGAGGAAUCCCUACUUUGUCCUCCUGACGCCCAAAGGGGAAUUCCGGACGCAUCGUCUGUACGGCAAAGGGGUAAUUAAGAGCUUUGCUGCAUUCAACAAUGUCAACUGCCCCAAUGGAUUUCUCUACUUUGACGACAGCAGUGAACUCAAGAUUGCUGUCUUUCCCAAAUACCUAACCUACGACGCAGAUUGGCCCGUCCGGAAGAUCCCCCUGCGUUGCACACCAAUGCAAAUAUGCUACCAUACCGAAAGGAAUAUCUACUGCCUCGUGACGAAUACAUCGGAAGUGAGCCAGAAGUACUUUCGCUUCAACGGCGAGGAUAAGGAGCUAACGGAGGAGAAUAAAGGGGAGAGAUUUAUCUAUCCGGCAGUGGAUAAAUUCACCGUGGUCCUCGUGGCACCAACAUCAUGGGAAAUUGUACCAUCGGCACAGAUUGAUCUGGAUGAGUGGGAACAUGUGACGGCAUUUAAGAAUGUUUCCUUGCUGUACGAAGGAACACGAUCCGGCUUGAAGGAAUACAUUUGCAUCGGAACAAAUUACAACUACAGCGAGGAUAUUACAUCCCGUGGAAGGAUACUCAUUUAUGACAUUAUUGAGGUUGUUCCAGAACCGGGGAAACCCCUAACGCGGUAUCGCUUCAAAGAAGUCUACACAAAGGAGCAAAAGGGACCCGUUUCGGCUAUUACGCACGUCUUGGGCUUCCUUGUUACAGCCGUGGGGCAGAAGAUCUAUCUCUGGCAGUUGAAGGAUGGAGAUCUAGUGGGAGUUGCCUUCAUUGAUACGAACAUCUAUGUCCAUGAGAUGGUGUCAAUUAAGAGCAUCAUCCUUGUUGCUGAUGUGUACAAAUCCAUCAGUGUAUUGCGCUUCCAGGAGGAAUAUCGCACACUCUCCCUCGUGACACGGGAUUUUCAGGCACAAACGGUUUUUAGUGCUGAAUAUGUUGUGGACAAUCACAAUUUGGGUUUUCUCGUGACAGAUGGGGAUGGAAAUAUCAUCAUUUAUAUGUAUCAACCGGAAUCGAGGGAAUCCUUCGGUGGGCAGAGACUCCUCCGGAAGGCAGACUAUCACCUUGGGCAGCGUAUCAAUGCCAUGUUCCGUAUUCAGUGUAAUUUACACGACAGCCAUCGGGAGCAGGUGGGAGGUCGUGCUUAUGCGGGAUAUGACCAAAAGCACAUCACCUUCUUCGGUACACUCGAUGGGGGACUUGGGUUCUGCCUGCCAUUGCCUGAGAAGACGUAUAGGCGUCUUUUUAUGCUGCAGAAUCUCCUCAUGGUGCACUCACCGCAUCUCUGUGGGCUCAAUCCCAAAGUACAUCGUACCAUCAAGACGGCCAAGAGGAUGCAAGCCAAUCCAGCGAGAUGUAUUGUCGAUGGGGAUCUCAUUUGGUCCUUCAUCAAUCUCCCGAUGAAUGAGAAAAUUGAACUUUCAAAGAAAAUUGGAACGCGCGUUGAUGAAAUUUACAGCGAUCUUGCGGAAAUUCAUUCCGUGACAUCUAUCUUUUGAACACACCCACGAAGCGCCCCAUCGAGAGUUUUUCUUUUUUGUGGGGAACAAUUAGCCGGAAAAUGGUGAAUUUUAAUAAAGAUUUUUUUCGUUCUAGAAGAAAA